UGCUGAGCAAGAUGAAGCUCUGGAUUUUUGUGGUAUGUUCAGUUCUGGUUGCAUCUGAUCCUUUCCAGUCAGAAACAUCUUUUACUAGAAUCAGAGGAUCUUGUCAGAGUUUGUGUUCCUGUGAAGAAAAGGAUGACAUUAUGAUUAUAAACUGUGAAGAAAGAGGCAUCAAGAUGGUGUCAGAAAUAAAUGUCCCACCAUCACGGCCUUUCCAUCUUAAUUUGUUAAACAAUGGCCUGACAAUGCUACAUGUGAAUGAUUUUGCUGGCCUUGUUAAUGCUAUCUCUCUACAUCUUGGAUUUAAUAAUAUUGCAGAUAUUGAGCCUGGGGCUUUUAAUGGUCUCAACCUUCUUAAGCAACUUCAUAUAAAUCACAAUUCUUUAGAAAUACUUAAAGAAGAUACGUUUGAUGGAUUGGAAAAUUUGGAAUUUCUUCAAGCAGACAACAAUUUCAUCACAGUGAUUGAAGCAAGUGCCUUUAGCAAGCUCAGUAGGCUUAAAGUGCUUAUUUUGAAUGAUAAUGCUAUUGAGUACCUUCCUCCAAACAUAUUUCGUUUUGUGCCAUUGACUCAUUUAGAUCUUCGGGGAAACCAGUUACAGACACUACCAUAUGUUGGCUUUUUAGAACACAUCGGUAGAAUACUAGACCUUCAGUUGGAAGAUAAUAAAUGGGCUUGUAACUGUGAUUUGCUUCAGCUGAAGACAUGGCUGGAAAACAUGCCUCCUCAGUCAAUAAUAGGAGAUGUUGUGUGCAAUAGUCCUCCAGUUAUCAAAGGCAGCAUAUUAAACAGGUUGAAAAAAGAAUCGCUUUGUCCCAUUCCUACUGUCAAUGAACUUGAAGAUCCUUCAGGGUCACUGCCCUUGGUUGUAACCACCUCUGUAAGUGAUAGUCACCUGUCAACUAAGGUCAUUCCUAUACUGAAAGCUCCUACUAAAGAAACAAAUUUAAUGCUUCAUACUUCAAAACCAACUACACAAUUUCCAGGAAUCUAUUGUCCCAUUCCCUGUCACUGCGCCAGCCAUAUGCUCUCAGGAGUUCUUAUGCACUGUCAGGAGCGAAAUAUUGAAAGCCUGUCUGAUUUAGGACCUCCUCCUACAAAUCCUAAAAAACUUAUUCUAGCAGGAAACAUUAUUCAGACAUUACUUAAGUCAGAUCUUAUGGACUAUGCUAGUCUGGAAAUGCUUCAUCUGGGGAACAAUCGUAUUGAAAUCCUUGAGGAAGGAGUUUUCAUGAAUCUGACUAGACUGCAGAAACUGUAUCUCAAUGGCAAUCAUCUUACAAAGCUGAGUCAGAAUCUUUUCCUUGGCCUUCAGCACCUUGAAUACUUGUACCUUGAAUAUAAUGCCAUCAAAGAAGUUUUACCAGGGACAUUUAAUACAAUGCCAAAACUUAAGGUCCUCUACUUAAAUAAUAACCUUUUGCAGACUUUACCACCCCAUAUCUUUUCUGGGGUGCCACUUGCCAGAUUAAAUCUGAAAACAAACCAGUUUGCUCAUUUGCCUGUGAGCAAUGUCUUGGAUGAACUGGAUAUGUUGGUACAAAUUGAACUUGAAGACAACCCCUGGGACUGUACAUGUGAUUCAGUUGGACUGCAAAAAUGGAUACAAAAGCUGAGUAAGAGUACAAUGAUGGGUGACAUUUUCUGUAAAUCUCCAGGACACUUAGAAAAAAAAAAACUGAAAUCCCUCAACAGUGAAGUCUUGUGUCCAGAUUUAAUAAACAGCCCUGCCCUACCAACUCAUGCCAGUUUUGUUGUUAUAGCAACUUCUACUUCUACUACUAGCAACACUGCAGACACCAUCCUGCAGUCGCUUACAGAUGCUGUCCCACUUUCUGUUCUAAUACUGGGACUGCUAAUUGUAUUUAUAAUUAUUGUAUUUUGUGCAGCAGGAAUAGUUGUUCUUGUUCUGCAUCGGCGGCGAAGAUGUAAAAAGAAACAAGCCAAUGAACAAAUGAGGGAUAGUAGCCCAGUUCACCUUCAGUACAGUAUGUAUGGGCAUAAAACAACACAUCACACAACAGAGCGUCCAGCUGCAGCUCUCUAUGAGCAACGUAUGAUUACUCCCAUGGUUCAGGUCUAUCACGGCCCAUCCUUCAGCCCAAAGCAUACUGAACAACAAGAAGAGGAAAAUGAGAAAGCAACUAAUGAUUCCAAACAUCUCUGCAGAAGUCUCCUGGAAAGAGAGAAUAGUUCACCACUUACUGGUUCAAAUGUCAAAUAUACGGCUGCAGAUCAAUCCGCAGAAUUUCUGUCUUUUCAAGAUGCCAGCUGCUUGUACAGAAACAUUCUUGAAAAAGAGAGGGAACUGCAGCAACUUGGAAUCACAGAGUACUUAAGAAAAAAUAUUGUUCAACUCCAGCCUGAAAUGGAAGUACAUUAUCCUGGAACACAUGAGGAACUAAAACUAAUGGAGUCACUGAUGUACUCCAGACCAAGAAAGGUUUUUUUAGAACAAACUAAAAAUGAGUAUUUUGAACUCAAGGCUAAUUUACAUGCUGAGCCUGACUACCUGGAAGUCCUUGAGCAGCAAACAUGAAGUGACAACACAUUGGGCUUGGGCCAAAUUUCUGUAUUCCAUUUUAAGUUGGAACUGUUGAAAAUAAAAGUGCCUUGUAAUGACAUGUCAACAGUUAGAACUUAAGCACAGCAGUAAUCCUAGCAAAAAAACAAACAAACAAACAAAAAACCCUAAAAAACUCAGGGAUCACUGUGGGAAGCCAUGGGGUUGUGUGUAGACAAUAUGUCUCAAGUUAAACACGAAUUGUGUGAUUGAACUGUGAGAGGAAGAUUGCUUGUUGCAAUAUUCCUUAGCAUUUUUUAAAGGUGUGUAUGGCAUUCUCUUUUGUGUACCUAACCUAUGAAAAAAUGUUUGUUACCUGUACUCUCUGGUUUUCCCCUAGUUUAAUUAGAUUCCUUAAAACAAACACAAAAAGAAAAAUAAACAAGCCCUCACACCUGUGUUUGUAGUUAGAAGCUUAGAGUGUAUUAAGUGUUAGUACUGCAUACAUGACCACUGUCUACAACCACACCUAACGUACUCUUAUAAUAAAUAUGAAAGGAUUUAAAAUGUUGUCAUGCUAAAUAUCCGUUAAAAACAAACAAACAAAAAGAACAAAUUUUGU